AUGAACAGCCACAGCUGCCCCGAGGCGCCGGCGGCCGGCGAGGAGGCGGAGGAGAUGCCGGCCACGGAGAAGGACCUGGCGGAGGACGCGCCCUGGAAGAAGAUCCAGCAGAACACGUUCACCCGCUGGUGCAACGAGCACCUCAAGUGCGUGCACAAGCACCUGGGCGACCUGCAGCGCGACCUGGGCGACGGGCUGCGGCUCAUCGCGCUGCUGGAGGUGUUGAGCCAGAAGCGCAUGUACCGCAAGUACCACGCGCGCCCCAACUUCCGCCAGAUGAAGCUGGAGAACGUGUCGGUGGCGCUGGAGUUCCUGGAUCGGGAGCACAUCAAGCUGGUGUCCAUCGACAGUAAAGCCAUCGUGGACGGGAACCUGAAGCUGAUUCUGGGGCUGAUCUGGACGCUGAUCCUGCACUACUCCAUCUCCAUGCCCAUGUGGGAGGACGAGGACGAGGAGGACGCGAAGAAGCAGACGCCGAAGCAGCGGCUGCUGGGCUGGAUCCAGAACAAGGUGCCCCAGCUGCCCAUCACCAACUUCCACCGGGACUGGCAGGAUGGCAAAGCCCUGGGUGCCCUGGUGGACAACUGUGCCCCGGGCCUGUGCCCCGACUGGGAGACCUGGGACCCCAACCAGCCCGUGGAGAAUGCCCGGGAAGCCAUGCAGCAGGCGGACGACUGGCUGGGCGUACCCCAGGUGAUCGCCCCAGAGGAGAUCGUGGACCCCGACGUGGACGAACACUCCGUCAUGACCUACCUGUCCCAGUUCCCCAAGGCCAAGCUGAAGCCCGGGGCCCCCCUGCGCUCCAAGCAGCUGAACCCCAAGAAGGCCAUCGCCUACGGCCCCGGGAUCGAGCCCCAGGGGAACACGGUGCUGAAGCCGGCCCAGUUCACGGUGGAGACCCUGGAGGCGGGGCUGGGCGAGGUGCUGGUCUACAUCGAGGACCCCGAGGGACACACCGAGGAGGCCAAGGUGGUCGCCAACAACGACAAGAAGCGGACGUACUCGGUGACCUAUGUGCCCAAGGUGGCCGGGCUGCACAAGGUCACGGUGCUGUUUGCCGGGCAGAACAUCGACAAGAGCCCCUUCGACGUCCACGUGGGCAUGGUGCUGGGUGAUGCCAACAAGGUGACGGCGCGGGGGCCCGGCCUGGAGCCCGUGGGCAACGUGGCCAACAAGCCCACCUACUUCGACAUCUACACCGCAGGCGCGGGCACGGGCGACGUGGGCGUGGUCAUCGUGGACCCGCAGGGCCGGCGCGACACCGUGGAGGUGGUGCUGGAGGACAAAGGCGACAGCACCUUCCGUUGCACCUACCGGCCCGUGCUGGAGGGACCCCACACCAUCUGCGUCACCUUCGCCGGCACCCAGAUCCCCCGGAGCCCCUUUGCCGUCAACGUCUCCGAAGCCUGCAGCCCCAACGCCUGCCGGGCCACGGGCCGGGGCCUCCAGCCCAAGGGCGUGCGGGUCAAGGAGGUGGCUGAAUUCAAGGUCUACACCAAGGGCGCGGGCAGCGGGAAGCUGAAGGUCGUGGUCAAGGGGCCGAAAGGCACGGAGGAGCCAGUGAAGGUGCGGGAGGCUGGCGAGGGGGUGUACGAAUGUGACUACUACCCCGUGGUGCCUGGCAAAUACGUGGUGGCCAUCUCCUGGGGUGGCUACAGCAUCCCCCGCAGCCCCUUCGAGGUGCAGGUGGCGCCGGAGCCUGGCACCCAGAAAGUCAGGGCCUGGGGCCCGGGCCUGGAGACUGGCAUGGUAGGCAAAUCAGCCGACUUCGUGGUGGAGGCGAUCGGCACCGAAGUGGGGACACUGGGCUUCUCCAUCGAGGGCCCGUCGCAAGCGAAGAUCGAGUGCGACGACAAGGGGGAUGGGUCGUGCGACGUGCGCUACUGGCCCACGGAGCCCGGUGAAUACGCCGUGCACGUCAUCUGUGACGACGAGGACAUCAAGGACAGCCCCUUCAUCGCACACAUCAAGCCAGCCACCAAUGAGUACUUCCCAGAGAAGGUGAAGGCCUUCGGGCCUGGCCUGGAGCCCACCGGCUGCAUCGUGGACAAGCCAGCGGAGUUCACCAUCGACGCGCGGGGAGCAGGGAAAGCCGAGCUCAAGAUCUAUGCCCAGGACGCUGAGGGCUUCCCCAUCGACAUCAAGAUCAAGGACAACGGUGACAACACCUUCCACUGCGUCUACGUGCCCACCAAACCCAUCAAACACACCAUCAUCAUCUCCUGGGGCGGGGUCAACAUCCCCAAGAGCCCCUUCCGGGUGACCGUGGGCGAGGGCAGCCACCCGGACAAGGUGAAGGUGUACGGCCCCGGCGUGGAGAAGACGGGGCUCAAAGCCAACGAACCCACCUACUUCACUGUGGACUGCAGCGAGGCCGGGCAAGGGGACGUGAGCAUUGGGAUCAAGUGCGCCCCAGGAGUGGUGGGGCCGCUGGAGGCCGACAUCGAAUUCGACAUCAUCAAGAAUGACAACGACACAUUCACAGUGAAGUACACGCCGCCAGGCGCCGGGCGGUACACCAUCAUGGUGCUCUUCGCCAACCAGGAAAUCCCCACCAGCCCCUUCCGCAUCAAGGUGGACCCGUCCCACGACGCCAGCAAGGUGAAGGCUGAGGGGCCAGGGCUCAGCAGAACAGGAGUGGAGGUCGGCAAACCCACCCACUUCACCGUCUUCACCAAGGGCGCCGGCAAGGCCAAGCUGGACGUGCAGUUCGCUGGGGCAGCCAAGGGCCCGGCCGUGCGGGACUUCGAGAUCAUCGAUAACCACGACUACUCCUACACCGUCAAGUACACUGCCGUGCAGCAGGGCAAUCUGGCCGUGACGGUGACGUACGGGGGGGACCCCGUGCCCAAGAGCCCCUUCACCGUCAGCGUGGCCCCUCCCCUGGACCUCAGCAAGGUCAAAGUGCAGGGACUGAACAACAAGGUGGACGUGGGCCGGGACCAGGAGUUCGCGGUGAACACCCGCGGCGCUGGGGGGCAGGGCCAGGUGGACGUGAAGAUCACCUCGCCCUCCCGCCGGCCCAUCCCCUGCAAGGUGGAGACGGGCACCACCAACGACAUCCACACCGUCAAGUACAUGCCCCCCGAGGAGGGGCCCUACAAGGUGGAUGUGGCCUACGACGGGCACCCCGUGCCGGGCAGCCCCUUCUCCGUCGAGGGGGUGAUGCCUCCGGACCCGUCCAAGGUGUGCGCCUACGGGCCGGGCCUGGAGGGCGGCUUCGUGGGCAAGCCGGCCCCCUUUGCCAUCGACACCAAGGGCGCGGGCACUGGCGGGCUGGGCCUGACCGUGGAAGGCCCGUGCGAGGCCAAGAUCGAGUGCCAGGACAACGGGGACGGGUCGUGCUCCGUGUCCUACCUGCCGACGGAGCCGGGCGAGUACUCCAUCAACAUCCUUUUCGCCGAGGCCCACAUCCCCGGCUCGCCCUUCAAGGCCAACAUCCAGCCGCUCUUCGACCCCAGCAAGGUGACGGCCAGCGGGCCGGGGCUGGAGCGCGGCACGGCGGGCGAGACCGCCACCUUCCUGGUGGACUGCUCCAAGGCGGGCGAGGCCGCGCUCACCAUCGAGAUCGUCUCCGAGGCAGGGGUCAAGGCCGAGGUGGUGAUCCAGAACAACCGCGACGGCACCUACACCAUCACCUACAGCCCCGCCUUCCCCGGCACCUACACCAUCACCAUCAAGUACGGUGGGCACGCCGUGCCCAAGUUCCCUGCCCGCGUCAACGUCCAGCCCGCCGUCGACACCAGUGCCAUCAAGGUCUUCGGGCCCGGCGUGGAGCCGCGAGGCGUCCUGCGCGAGGUCACCACCGAGUUCACCGUGGACGCCCGCUCGCUCACCAAGACGGGCGGCAGCCACAUCAAGGCGCGUGUCAUUAACCCCUCUGGCGCGAAGACCGAAACCUACCUCACUGACAACGGCGACGGGACCUACCGUGUCCACUACACGGCCUACGAGGAGGGCCUGCACCGGGUGGAGGUGACGUAUGACGAGGUGCCAGUCCCCAAGAGCCCGUUCCGCGUGGCCGUCGCCGAGGGCUGCGAGCCCGGCCGUGUGCGCGCCUACGGCCCCGGCCUGGAGGGGGGGCUGGUGAACAAGUCCAACCGCUUCACCGUGGAGACCAGGGGCGCUGGCACCGGCGGGCUGGGCCUGGCCAUCGAGGGGCCCUCGGAGGCCAAGAUGUCCUGCAAGGACAACAAGGACGGCAGCUGCAGCGUGGAGUACAUCCCCUUCACGGCCGGCGACUACGACGUCAACAUCACCUUCGGGGGGCGCCCCAUCCCAGGGAGCCCCUUCCGAGUGCCCGUGAAGGACGUGGUGGAUCCCAGCAAGGUGAAGUGCUCGGGCCCCGGGCUGGGGGCUGGCGUCCGGGCCCGCGUCCCCCAGACCUUCACUGUCGACUGCAGCAAGGCCGGGCUGGCGCCCCUGGAGGUGACGGUCCUCGGGCCCUCAGGCCUGGCCGAGCCGGUGGACGUGCGGGACAACGGGGAUGGCACCCACAAGGUGAACUACACCCCGGCCAGCGACGGGCCCUACACCGUGGCCGUGAAGUACGCCGACCAGGAGGUGCCGCGCAGCCCGUUUAAGAUCAAGGCGCUGCCAGCUCACGAUGCCAGCAAGGUGCGGGCCAGCGGGCCGGGCCUCAGUGCCGCGGGCAUCCCCGCCAGCCUGCCCGUGGAGUUCACCAUUGACGCGCGCGACGCUGGCGAGGGGCUACUCACCGUGCAGAUCCUGGAUCCCGAGGGCAAGCCCAAGAAGGCCAACAUCCGGGACAACGGGGACGGCACCUACACGGUGUCCUACGUGCCCGACCUGACGGGGCGCUACACCAUCACCAUCAAGUACGGGGGCGACGAGAUCCCCUUCUCGCCCUUCCGCACCCUGGCCCAGCCCAGCGGCGAUGCCAGCAAGUGCCUGGUCACAGUGUCCAUUGGGGGCCAUGGACUGGGCGCCUGCCUGGGCCCCACCAUCCAGAUCGGGGAGGAGACGGUGAUCACCGUGGACGCCAAGGCGGCGGGCAAGGGGAAGGUGACGUGCAAGGUGUCCACGCCGGACGGGGCCGAGCUGGACGUGGACGUGGUGGAGAACCACGACGGCACCUUCGACAUCUACUACACGGCGCCCGAGCCGGGCAAAUACGUCAUCACCAUCCGCUUUGGGGGCGAGCUCAUUCCCAACAGCCCCUUUCACGUGCUGGCGUGCGAGACCGUCCCCCACGUCGAGGAGCCGUGCGACUCGCUCCAGUUGCACCAGCCCUUCUCGCCGCACCAGGCUGGCGGCUCCCCGGCACGCUGGGCCACGGACCAGCCCGUCGUGCCCGCCGAGAACCUGGACACCAUGCUGCGGCCCUUCAACCUCGUCAUCCCCCUCACCGUGCAGAAAGGGGAGAUCACCGGCGAGGUGCGCAUGCCCUCGGGGAAGACGGCCCGGCCCAGCAUCACGGAUAACAAGGACGGGACGGUGACCGUGCGGUUCGCACCUGUGGAGAAGGGGCUGCAUGAGAUGGACAUCAAAUACGACGGCAACCACAUCCCCGGGAGCCCCCUGCAGUUCUACGUGGACGCCAUCCACACCCGCCAUGUCAGUGCCUAUGGGCCCGGCCUCAGCCACGGCAUGGUCAACAGGCCGGCCACCUUCACCAUCGUCACCAAGGGAGCCGGCGAAGGGGGGCUGUCGCUGGCUGUCGAGGGCCCGUCCAAGGCCGAGAUCACCUGCAAAGACAACAAGGACGGGACCUGCACCGUGUCCUACCUGCCCACCGCGCCCGGCGACUACAGCGUCAUCGUCCGCUUCGACGAUCAGCACGUCCCGGGGAGCCCCUUCACCGCCAAGAUCACCGGGGACGACUCCAUGCGGACGUCCCAGCUCAACGUGGGCACCUCCACCGACGUGUCACUGAAGAUCAGCGAGAGCGACCUGAGCCUGCUGACGGCCUCCAUCCGGGCGCCCUCCGGCCACGAGGAGCCCUGCCUGCUCAAGAGACUGCCCAACCGCCACAUCGGCAUCUCGUUCACCCCCAAGGAGGUGGGGGAGCACGUGGUGAGCGUGCGGAAGAGCGGGAAGCACGUCUCCAACAGCCCCUUCAAGAUCCUGGUGGGGCAGUCGGAGAUCGGCGACGCCAGCAAGGUGAAGGUGUGGGGCCAGGGCCUGGUGGAGGGACGCACCUUCGAGGUGUCCGAGUUCAUCGUGGACACUCGCACCGCAGGCUACGGCGGGCUGGGCCUGUCCAUCGAGGGGCCCAGCAAGGUGGACAUUAACUGCGAGGACGUGGAGGACGGCACAUGCAAGGUGACCUACUGCCCCACCGAGCCCGGCAACUACAUCAUCAACAUCAAGUUCGCCGACAAGCACGUGCCAGGGAGCCCCUUCACGGUGAAGGUGACGGGUGAGGGGCGCAUGAAGGAGAGCAUCACACGCCGGCGCCAGGCGCCCUCCAUCGCCAGCAUCGGCAGCACCUGCGACCUCAAUCUCAAGAUCCCAGGGAACUGGUUCCAGAUGGUGUCGGCGCAGGAGCGGCUCACGCGGACCUUCACGCGCAGCAGCCACACGUACACGCGCACUGAGCGCACCGAGAUCAGCAAGACGCGGGGCGGCGAGACCACGCGGGAGGUGCGGGUGGAGGAGUCCACGCAGGUCGGCGGGGCCCCCUUCCACAACGUCUUCAGCGACUUCCUGGGCCGCGAGAGCCUCGGCUCCUUCGGCAGCAUCGCCCGCACCCCAGAGGGCGAGGCGGGCGCCCCGACCAUGACGGCCCAGGUGACCAGCCCGUCGGGGCAGACGGCCGACGCGGAGAUCAUCGAGGGCGAGGACAGCGCCUAUAGCGUGCGCUUCGUGCCUCAGGAGAUGGGCGCCCACACCGUCCACGUCAAGUACCGCGGGCAGCACGUGCCGGGCAGCCCCUUCCAGUUCACCGUGGGGCCCAUGGGCGAGGGGGGUGCCCACAAGGUGCGGGCUGGGGGCACCGGCCUGGAGAGGGGCGUCGCUGGAGUGCCAGCCGAGUUCAGCAUCUGGACGCGGGAGGCAGGCGCCGGGGGCCUCUCCAUCGCCAUCGAGGGGCCCAGCAAGGCCGAGAUCGCCUUCGAGGACCGGAAGGACGGCUCCUGCGGCGUCUCCUACAUCGUGCAGGAGCCAGGGGACUACGAGGUGUCCAUCAAGUUCAACGAGGAGCACGUCCCCGACAGCCCCUUCGUGGUGCCGGUGGCCUCGCUCUCCGAUGAUGCCCGCAGGCUGACGGUGACCAGCCUCCAGGAGACGGGGUUAAAGGUCAACCAGCCAGCGUCCUUCGCGGUGCAGCUCAACGGGGCGCGGGGUGUGAUCGACGCCAAGGUGCACACGCCCUCGGGCAUGGUGGAGGAGUGCUACAUCUCGGAGCUGGACAGCGAUAAAUCCACCAUCCGGUUCAUCCCGCGCGAGAACGGCGUGCACUCCAUCGACGUCAAGUUCAACGGGCGCCACAUCCCGGGCAGCCCCUUCAAGAUCCGCGUAGGGGAGCAGAGCCAGGCUGGGGACCCGGGCCUCGUCUCAGCGUAUGGCCCGGGCCUGGAGGGCGGCAUCACAGGCGUGUCCUCGGAGUUCUUCGUCAACACGGUGAACGCUGGCUCGGGCGCUCUGGCUGUCACCAUCGACGGCCCCUCCAAGGUGAAGCUGGACUGCCAGGAGUGCCCCGAGGGCCACAGGGUCACCUACACGCCCAUGGCGCCCGGCAACUACCUCAUCUCCAUCAAGUAUGGCGGCCCCCAGCACAUCGUGGGCAGCCCCUUCAAAGCCAAGGUCACAGGGCCACGUCUCUCCGGCGGCCACAGCCUCCAUGAGACCUCCACCGUCCUGGUGGAGACAGUCACCAAGUCCUCAUCCUCCGUGGGCAGCAGCUUCAGCUCCAUGCCCAAGUUCUCCUCCGACGCCAGCAAGGUGGUGGCCCGGGGGCCCGGGCUCACCAAGGCCUUCGUGGGCCAGAAGAACACCUUUACUGUGGACUGCAGCAAGGCUGGAACCAACAUGCUGAUGGUGGGCGUGCACGGCCCCAAGACGCCCUGCGAGGAGGUGUACGUCAAGCACGUGGGCAACCGAGUCUACAACGUCACCUACACUGUCAAGGAGAAGGGGGACUACGUCCUCAUCCUCAAAUGGGGCGACGAGGGCGUGCCAGGCAGCCCCUACCAGGUCACCGUGCCCUAG